GUGUUGUUUACAAACAGCGGCUGAGCUGAGCUAUCGGGUUCAAUUUCAAAUUCAUUUCAUCGCGGUUCUAUCUGUCCUGUGUUCUCCUGUUCUGUUAUUUUGGUUUACAAUACUCAAGAUUGUUAUAUUUUGUAUUCGCAAUACAUAACUUAAUCUCCCAAUUCCUCUCAAUUGCCUCAAACUAUGACUUUUGCACUCCGCGCCUUUUGGGUUGUCAGCCCAAAUGAAGAGACACCUGUAUUUGACAGAAUUUUCUCUACUGUCGAGUUGCGAGCAGCACAGACUGAGCGUUACCAAAAACUCUUUGAACCCAGAGAAUUUGUAAAAGCUGUUCUUAUUGAGACAGGAAUUCAAGAAUCUGAGGUUUUUGUGCAGAGCCGAGACAGUUGCGACAAAAAAUGCACUGUUCCUGCUUUCAAAAUUUCCUCCACUGGCCAAAUAUUGGAGCCUGUCGUCAUCCUGCAGCAUCGGGGGCUGCUUUUGUGCGCUCUUCCUCUGGCAGAGGACCAUGAGAGUUCUGUUUUGGAAGUGGCGCAAACUUUGGACUGCUUGCAUUUGAUAGCCGAAAGACUUUCUGGAGAUCUAAGUCAGAGAAACGAUCUAAGAAUUCAGCUGGCUAAGCUGAUGGCUGUCAACUUUCCUUUUGGAAGACCACAGACAGAAAGUGCUGUGCUGACUGAGAGGGUCAUUGCGUCCACUUUGAAGGAUAUGCAACAAGACAAAACAAAAGUUGCUAUUUGGAAUCCCGCUCCUAGCUCGAAAAAUAAAAACAAUUUUGUAGUUCACAUUACAGAGCAAAUACAUUCCAUUAAGAGGGACGAGGUCAUAGCAACAGGGGUGAUCCAUGUGACGACCAACGAAAUCUCGGAGAUGCAGCCAGAAGUCACCAUGACUAUUUUGCACCCAAAUCCACUCGACAUCAUUUCCUUGGCACCUCGCGCUAAAAUAGAAAACACUUCUGACAGCAGCACAACCAUCAAGUUUAAUCCGACGGCUGGGGUGAAAUUGGAGCUGGCACAUUAUCAGACCAUCUGUUUUGCUCCGGUAGAAUUCAUCAUAUCAGAACAAAAACUGAUUGUUCAGCCCUCUCGAGCAACUUUGCAGAGGCUGGAGCUCAGGAUUCCACUCGAAGGCAGAAAGUUUCAAAUUUCCUUGGGGACUGCUUUUGAAGAGGAUGGCGGUUGGCUCAAGUGGGACAUCCCAGUUGCGAAAAUAAAAUCAAAAAGCGCAGAGAUUGAGAUUUAUGCUGGUUUGCUUGGGGCAAGAAUGAUCAAGGCGGAGGUCUUUUUUAAAUUGAGUUCUGAUUUAUGCUGGAGUGGCCUCCGCAUAAACCAAGGUGUCAUUCUGAUUAACGAAAAAGCGGCGAAAAUUAAAUUCUUAACAGUUGCUGAAUCCAUUUCAGGCAGCUAUUUUAUUGCAUCUGCACAAUAAAAUAAAGACAAGGAUGGAUGUAAUCUCUGAUUGUGUGAUUGCAAUCAGUGUCGGAGGUCGGAGAGUGAUUGUGAAAAAAAUUUGCAAUUAAAAUUUGUUGUCAAAGUAACUUUUUUCAUAGGCAAAAUCAUACUUGUCGUUUGGAAGAACUUUUUGAAUUUUAAUUUACAAUAUAAAAUUGUAUAAAAUAAUAAUUUUAAUCAAUCUACUCUUUAUGGUUGAAAUUUGUGUAUGGUAUAUUAAUUUUAUCUCUCUUUUCACGUUUAUUUUUGUACAAAAUAAAUGUGCGGGCCAGGUUGGCCAACACAAAGGGAGAAUAAUAAUUAAAUUAAACUCCAGAAGAUUCUUUUAAUUCGUAUAUUGUAGUAAGGCGGUGUUGUACAUUCAGGAUGUGUUGGUAUUAGAAUCGGAAGUUGAAAUUCGAAUUGAACUGUAAAAACAUAAUACAAUCAGUACAAUGAAUUACAAACAUGUUAUUUGAGUAUUGGUAAUUUGAGUGGAGGCGCCGGCAUUGCUCGGCCGGCGAACAGUUUUAGGUUCGGCGUUUUGGGUUAAAUUCACUGGCGGGGCCGGUGAUUAUGCACUUAUUCACUGGGCGGGUCAUUUUGCCGUCAAGGGAAAUUGCACAGAAAGGUUCUUACCCCAUAAGUUUGGGUUCAGGCGAAGGUUUGUUGAGUGAGCGAUUGAGACGCGCGCUCCAUGGCUGGCUUGGGGCGCGAGAAUAAACGUGGUUGGGCGGGGCUCACAUUGCAUGGGAGUGCUGCAGGGUGCAGCACAGGGUGGUGGAGUGGUUUAGUCUUGACUAAACGAUUUGUAGUGGGCAGCGGGAAACCGCUGACCGCUACAUAGGCCCCCACUUGGAGACCGGAGGUCACUCUCAGUAUGUUUCUCUCGGUGAGGUGUCUCUUGGCGAGAAGGUGUCUCUUGGCGAGAAGGUGUCUCUUGGCGAGAAGUUGUCUCUUGGCGAGAAGGUCACUCUUGUAUAGGCUGGAGUGAACGAGGAAUUUGAGGCGUUGGACUUUUGCUGAGUCCAAAAACAGGAGAACUUGGAAGCUCUGUAUGUUGGUUGAUUCCAGCCGGGGGAACUUGGCGUGCUGGAAGGUCGUUGGUCCGAUCAGCUCUUUCAGGUGUGUCCGACAGGGUGUGUCCCCAAAGGUGACGAGAAAUAGCUAUGUCUCGUUUGCGCGGUGGGUUGCAGGUCACAUAUACUUGCCGUGUCGGUCCGAGUUUGAAGGCUCGUGUCGGCGUCGCUGAUGUAUGCUCUGAUUCAGACGAGAGUUCUGCAUAAAACUCGUGUGGAGCAAAAUUGUGAGUAGGUGCAGCGACAGUUUGGAAGCGCGGUGCAGUGUUGUCUGACGGCUUCUGAGGAGAGGUUCGAUCCUUGGUAAGUGUAGGUUCGAAGGACACUGGAAUGAUGUAAUGCUCGUUUAAGAGGUUUUCAGGACAAAUUGAUUUUGAAAGGUUUAUGCCCUGUGUUUGUGUUGCGUUUAUGAUAUUUACGCUGCUGUCCAAAGAUUUGGCCUUGGCGGUGGCCACGGUUGCUUGCAUGUGAGGAGGCGUGGCUGCUGACAGCAUUGGUGUUGGCGGUGUUGUGACGGCAUCAUGGCGAAAGCUCGUCGUUCGGCGGUCUGCCGAAUGUGUAUGUUAGUUCUGUCACUCGAUGGCUUGAUUUGUUGAAGGCGAUUCUGCGUUGAAGCAUCGCGUUCGGUAUCUUGUUCGGGGUCACCAUUUUGUGCGGGCCAGGUUGGCCAACACAAAGGGAGAAUAAUAAUUAAAUUAAACUCCAGAAGAUUCUUUUAAUUCGUAUAUUGUAGUAAGGCGGUGUUGUACAUUCAGGAUGUGUUGGUAUUAGAAUCGGAAGUUGAAAUUCGAAUUGAACUGUAAAAACAUAAUACAAUCAGUACAAUGAA